UUUUAUAAUAGGUGUUUAGAUUGAACUAUUGAAGUUUUAAUUCUGCCCAUGACUGGAAAUGCCCAAGCAAAUUAUAAUUAGAAAUUUGUUGAUUAUUAGAAGUGAGUUUCUUUAAUUAUAUGGAAUUCUUGUGAUGAGACGAAUUCCGUCAUUCUUUUUUGAGGGUUAGCAUUGAAAUACUGAAGUGCUUGGGGAUCUGAAGUGGGAGGAGAGUGGAAGCUAAAAGAGUAUGAGCUCUUUAAUGGAGCACAUGCUUUUAAGAGAGAGAGAAUUUGCAGUUGAUCUUGAGAGUGGUAGGACUGCUAACGAAGAAGUGGGAGGCCCUGGCCCUACUUCAAAUGCCAAAUUGGAGGAGGCGGUUUCCACCAAAGUCUGCAGUGUGUUUGUAGAUGUUGGAGAGUCAAGCAAGAAUGGGGUGAAUUUGGACAGUAACUUGAAAAAUGGCAGUGAGGCUUCUCCCGAGAUUAUAAAGUCCUUGAUGGACAAGAAGGUAGAGGGAGUAGUUGCCGCAAAUCAAGCCGAGGAGAAAACAGGGAAGAGCAAACGUAAAUCAACAAGUGCUAAAAAGCCUCCCAAACCUCCCCGGCCUCCCAGAGGAUUGUCACUUGAUGCUGCAGACGAGAGGCUGAUCAAAGAGAUUGCUGAACUUGCCAUGAUUAAGCGUGCAAGGAUCAAGCGGAUGAAGGCAUUGAAGAAAAUGAAAGCUGCGAAGGCAUCAUCACCAAAUGGCAACUUAUUGGCGACGCUUUUCACAAUGAUUUUCUGUCUUGUGAUAAUUUUUCAAGGAGCGUCCUCCAGAUGUAGUUCACCUGUCAGCUCCCAUGGUCCACCAGAGUUGGCUGGAGGAGAAGAGAAUGGGUUUGCUUUGAUUCAUGGAUUUCAGGAUACCAGUAUACCUGUUUCUGGUCCUCCCAAUUUAGCAGAAGGGGUUUCUGGUUUAGAUACUGAGGGUAAGGCUGGCAGAGCUGUGGGAUGAAAUAGAAUGGGGUAUGAAAGUUUACAGGCAAAUAAAAGAUUCAAGCAGAUUUUGAAGGACCUUGCAUUCUUGUGCCCGGCACCUCUGAAGUGGAGUUUCUUAUAUGUUGAUUAAUUGCUUUAUUAGUUAUUACAUCAAAGCCUAUGACAAUAUACUUGCAACGUACAGUAAUUGGUAUACUUGGGUGAAUUACCAUAUGAGCUCUGCUGGUAUUUUCUACAGUUGAUGCAAGAUUAUCAUCUUUGAAGCGGAAUUGAGUGACUAGAUUCUGCCAGAUUGUUAUACUGCUUACACGUUAUACUACAUGGUUUUAUUUGUUGGUGGCAAUUAGAGUUCUUCAAAUACAACAAUGCACAUUUGUAUGAUGACAGAUGAACUUCCAUGGAUCAAUGAGUUGUUUCUCUUCCCCUGAUUAGUAAGUAGUUAGGUUUGUCUCGGAGAUCAUUGUUUUGUGCCAGAAAUCUGUGGGCUAUUGUAUGGGGAACGAGUUUUCUGUAGCACUUGGCCACAUAGAUUUUUCUAACAGAACUCUACUUUAUAUUUUCUGGAAUUCAUGUGGCUAGAUCCGCUAAUUGAGC